AUGGAUGAAAGUUUAAAUGUAACGAAAGCAACACAGAACAUAAUGGAUCUGUCGUACUUAUUACAUUUAUCAACACAAUUUCCGUUAUACGGCGGAUAUCCGGAAGUAUUUGGAUAUGUUCUUCCACCAGUGAUUGUGUUUACUUUAAUUACUAAUUGUCUCGUAAUUACAGUGCUGGUAAAGAAAGAAAUGCGAACAGCAACUAAUGUUUUACUAGCUGGACUUGCAUUUAGUGACAUGAUGUGUGGAAUAUCACUUCUACCUGUCUUUUUUAACUUCUUUACUUUGGGUAAAUACGAAGAAUUUGUACCGUUCGAUUGGUGUCUUCCAUAUCAACUGUUAAUAGUACUUGGUUCAGCAUUUCAUAAUAUAUCUGUAAUGCAAACCGUUGCCUUGGCAACACAAAGGUAUUUCUUCAUUUGUGUACCUAAAUCUCGAUCAAACUUUAAUUUUUGUUCAUCUUUGAAAGUUGUAAUUAUAUUACAUAUCAUUGGAAUAAUUGCUCAUGCCAGCAGGUUUCUGGACUCCUAUUUUGUGCCUGCAUACUCCGUGCAGUCAAACACACCUGGAUGCAUAACCAUUUUCCGCGAUUGGGUAAAAACAAACCUCGAGUUAUACAUAAAUGUUUACUUCAUAUUGCGAGCAACAUGUUUUGGAUUAUUACCUUGUAUAGUUUUAACAAUCUUAACCAUUUUAUUGAUAAAAUCUAUGACGUCACAACGCGUGAAGAGAAGACGUUUAUUUAGAGGACGAUUUGAUGGCCUUAACCAACAGGACAAACAAAAUGUGAGGACAACAUUGUUGUUGAUUGUUGUUGUAGGAAUACACCUAUUUUGUGAAAUUCCUAACGCUGUUGUUCUGUUCGUAGACGCAAUAGAAAUAGCUAUAAAUUUUUAUUCUGUGUCAGAUGCGAAACUGAUUGUGAUAAGCAUAUCAAAUAUAAUGGUGAUACUGAGUUGUCCAGUGAAUAUUUUCAUAUAUUGUGGAAUGAGCAAGAAGUUCAGAACAACACUUGCACAAAUGUUGAACUGUGGUUAAAACAUUAUUGAUGCAGAAUAAUUUUUACAAGCAGAGAAUAUUUCAAAAAGG